CUCCCAUUUCUUUCUGCGUCCCCUACGAUUUCGCCAUGUGAGGUCCCCUGUCUUGAUCUCUGUGCACAUCGACCUCUCUGUCACUGUCUCUGUCUCUGGCCUUUCUGACUCUCUGAGCAGAGAUGCAGCUAGGCAGCUGAUUGCAGAUCAUUCAUAUCAUCAUCACCAUCGUCAUUCAUCAAUCCUCCAUACUUACAAUCAAUCAAGAAUCAACCCCAGAAGCUUCCCAACUGUCCCCUGUCCUGUCCUUCCCUCCUCUCUGUCUCCUUCAGAGAGAUCAUGGGGUGCGUCGUUUCCAUCGGAAAGAAGAAGGCCAACAUCCCGGAAAUCUCGGUCUUCGUCCCAUCAAUGCAGGCUCCGGUUAAGUCCGACCUUCAUAGACCACUGAAAGGCCUGUUACCUAAAGAUCUUCUUGAUAAGUUGUCAGCCCUCAGGAACCAGAUUACCUUAGUCGCCGAGGACACUGAUGGAUCUGCAACUUCGGAACUGCACCGAGUCCUAGAGGAGUACUUGCCGAUCCUAAUAGGCCUGACCGAGAAAGAGCAUGCCCUCAAGGAAUCGGUUGAGUUCAAGUGGAGAAGUCUUACCAGACACCAGGAAACUUCUGUAUCGAACUCACGGUUCGAAUUGCUCUCUGUGGUUCACAUGAUGGCCAUGGUCACUUUACUGGAGGCUAACACGCUAAUGAUUCCGGAGGACCAAUCUGGAAAUUCCGAUGUCAGGACUGUAUCCUCAGAUUCCAAGAGGGACGCUGUCGAUUUACUACUGAAGGCAUCGGGGUACCUAGAAUUUUGCAUCCGUGAGAUUCUAACUCACAUACCGCCUGAAACAAAGAAAAAGCUACCGAAAGAUUUGCAGGAAGGCGUACUGGAAGCCAUAUUAAUCCAAGCACUAGGUCAGGGGACGGAAAUUCAACUUGGAUUGGCCGUGGAAAGCCAAAAGGCGAGCUUGUCAGUGAAGAGGAGGUUAGCUUGCGAGCAGCUGAGCUACUAUAGUCAGGCUCAUUGCUGCUUGACCCGAUGUGACCGGAGCCACGGGUAUGGGAAGAAGCACCUCUGGUUCAUCAAGUGGAAGUACCUCGAAGCGAAGGCCGCUGCUUACUACUAUCACGGACUGAUUACUGACAAGGGAAACAAUCCAUCGGAUAGCGUAAGCGCAGUAUGUUGUUUUGCUGCCGCUGAAGGACUUCUCGCAGAAAGCAAGAAAGCUUGCCUUAGCUUUUGCCUCGCUGAUCCAGUCUCCAGGAUACCCCCAUACUGGGGUGUAAUGAAGUACCUAAAUCAAAAGAUCCCGGAAGUUGCAUCGAGGAAGUCUCAGAUGUACGGGUACCUCUUAGAACAAGAAAAGGCUCUCCAAACGCUGCCUGACUUGCCUGAGUUUCCAUUAUCAUUAAGACCCGAUGACUACCAGCUGCCUGAAAUCGACCCAGCAUGGGACCAGGAAAAAUGGGAAAUUGAAAGCCAGACACUGAAGGAGCACCUCAAGGAUCAAGAAGACGUAAUUGAACUGUAAAGAUCCAUACGGCAACAGCUUGAACUAUUUUUAUGAUUACCAACACGCCCAAUUGUAUAUUUUCUUUUCAGAUUUAUGUGAUUACUAUCCCGUGCAGAUCAGUGCGGCAACAAUGAAUACAGAAACAAGGGGAUCGGAUAAUUCAAUACAGCAAUCGUUCUACUUUUGUUCUGCAUCA